AUGGUUCCAAAACGAUAUCCAGAAACUCUGAAAUUGGCAGCAUAUGCUGAGAUUAACUCAAUGUUGGCAAGAUCAGGCAUCCAAGCAGAGGCAAAAGGUUUCCUCGCUGCGGGCAAGAAAUUCGCUUCCUGCAUUAUGAAAUGCGUAGAACGUGGUUCUGGACAAUGCUUUAAAAGACUCGGAUGCGGUCUGGCUCUUCCCCCCGACAACGUCCUUGUACAACAAGCGAAA